AUGUUCGCCGACGAGAACUUCUUCUCUCCCUCUGCAACAGGUUCAGAUUUUUUGUCUUCUGAACCACGUAAGAGCGUGGGGGCCCCCCAAGGGGGCCCCCUUGGAGUAUCUUCAUCGCGUAUGUUUGGGGUGUCUGAUGAACUAUUAGGAGGGAGCGAGGGUUUAUCUCAAUCUUAUGCAUCAUCACAGAAGACUCCGCAGCCAAGUGCUGCUGCACAGACACCUGAUGGGUGUAUAUGCAGCACUAUAGGGAUGCUACGCAGAGCUGUAAAGGAGAGAAAGGGGGGUGGGGGGUCGCUUAGAUUAUUUGGAAGAGAUGUAGGGUUAGUGUGUCUUUGCGGGUCUUCUUCAAAUGUUGACAUCCGCUCUUCUUUAUUUAAAUUCGUUCUUCAAGAUACAACAGGCUCUAUUGAAGUUGAAUGUGCGAGUAAACCGGUGCUGAACAAACUGCAGCAGCAAACAGAAGCACCAGAAGAAGACCCCGCCAGCAGCAGCAGCAGCAGCAGCAACAGGAGCAGCAGCAGCAGCAGCAGCACUGAGCUGCUGUGCAAGACCUUAAGAGAGGGGGGGCUUGUUUCAGUGUAUGGAUAUGCAUGCACAGAUGAUAAGGGUGCGGUGUACAUCGAUUGUUUAAAGGUAGCAGCAAUCGAAGACCCGAGCGAAUAUAUUAUUUCUUUUCCCCUUAGAGUUAUUGCAGCUGCUAUGCAGGCUCAAGCUGCAAACACAAACAACUCUAUUAAAAAUGAAGACAAGCUAAGCAACGAACAACACACAAACACCAAACAAGAGACACAAGAUGAAGCCUCCAUGGAGCUGUAUGAACAUGUAAGCGAUCCGCUGCAGCGACAGCUGCUGAAGCUGCUGCUAGCAGCAGAAAACAAAACUAUGAAUAGGCAGACUCUCCCCAGCAAACUCGGAGGCCACAGCGCCGAUGCUAUAGAAGAGGCGCUGAAGGCGCUGGAGGAUUCUGGAGAUAUUGCAAUGACGAGCACUUGGGUUUCUUUGGCCUCUUGA